UGAAAUUCACGCAAAACGAAUUCGGUGCCACUCUGACAACUAAAAUACACUUCCAGCCCAAGUUAUUUUUGUUUUCUAGCUCAAAAAAAAGUUUGAAAAUCGAAUACUUUUUUAGAAUGUGGAUAUUUCAAUCAUUGUGAUUUUUAAAGUCUUAUUUCUGAAAUCAUGUUCCAUACUAGAAACAUCAAAUUUUGUUUAAGAAAUUCCAAAAUAACGUGAGAAUGCUCCGCUUAAGGAAUGCAACGAUAUAUUGCACAAUCUUUGCCCUAUUAUGCAUAGAUCUUGUUCGUUCGUAUGACUUUCCCUUCCUCCGAGCCGGUGAAAGAAAUGACGGAACUUGCGAAUUGCCCAGCGACUGCAAGACAGACAAGGCCGUCUGCAAGUAUGGUAUCUGUGAAUGCCCCCUUAGCGAUAUCCAGUUAACAGUCAAAGAUAGGAACACGGGAAGGAGUUUUGCCGCUUGUUCAGAAAUGAUUUACUCCCUGUACGACGGAUGUAAAUUCGAUGAACAGUGCUCUAUCCUGGUGGAUCCUCUGUCCGUGUGCAAAACAGUGUGCGUUUGCGCACCUUCGGCUAAAGAUCAAAAGGGCAAAUGUAUCUCUCUCAGCGAACUCGAUUCUAAUCGACGCAAAAAAAUAUAUAGAAUCAGCUUCAUAGUUAUCCCAUGGAUCAUCAUCCUGAUCGUUGCAGUAUCUUUAUGGACACUGAGAAAGCGAUGCUGCCACAAACAGAACCCUGACAACCAACAAAUAUCCAUUAUACAAAAUGAUGCCUUGUCAGAAAAUCGGACAUCAAUAGAAUUAUUGAAUAUCAAUAGGAGAGAAUAAACCCUUGUUUUAAGAUGGAUGUUUUGGUCAACAAAGAUCAAGUGAGUUGAUAAGCCACUAAUCAAAUAAUCAAUUCUUAGGAAAAUUUCUUCUCCAACAAAUGAGAAAAUAAAACAUUCAAACAUAGGAGUUUUUUUGUAAACUUGUU